AGAUGCAGAAGCACGUGGCCCUGCGCAACACACACGUGAAGCUCCUAGGCUUCGAUCUCGUGUCCCUCACGCAAAACGGCACGUCGUUCCAGCGCAGAGGAAUCGCUCUCUCUCUGGUGGAAACCCUAGGAACCGUAACUCUUCGAGACAUGAAGCCCAACAAGUUCUUGCGUUUCGGCAUCGACGACGGCACCGCUUUCAUCCCCUGCAUCCUCUGGCUUAACCACCACUCCUCCUCCUUCCUCGCGCGCCGCCACCCUAACCCUCACGACCUCCACCUCGCCGCCGACGCCGCAGCACGCUUCGCCGCCCUCGUGAACAUCGGCGCGGUGGUGAGAGUGAGGGGCAGACUCAGUUCCUACCAGGGCGCAAUUCAGGUUACGGUCUCCGACGUCGUGGUCGAGAAGGAUCCCAACGCAGAGAUCUUACACUGGCUCGAUUGUGUUCGCCUGGCUCGUCACUGUUACAAUCUUCUGAAUCAACCACAAUGAUUAUCCUUCUAACAUGAGUUUUACCGUUUAUAUACUUAUAUAUAAAGUAGUUUAGGGACUUGAGUAAACAAUUUAGUGUAGGAACCUGACCUUUGGUAGAGAUUCUGUUAAUAAGAUAAACAAAUGUUAAAAAGGAAGGAUCCCAAUACUUUGGAGGAAUGGAAGCAUGUGAGAGAAGGGAGAGACCCAUUUCAACUAGUUCUCCAUGUUUUCUUUCAGUUGUAAAACCACACAACAGGUUUAAAGAUUUUGUAGGAGUUUUGGAAAAAACAAUAAUUUGUUCUCAAGCUUCUCCAAUUUUCUCCUGCAAAUUCGAAUCCCAUUAGAGUUUGAUCAAGUGUUUAUCCUGUUUUACAUGGUUGAUAGGACACACUGACACUACGAAUAUACAAGUGACUUGUCUUUAUUCCCAAAAGAAAAAGGGGCAUACAAGGGGUAGAAGGGAGAUAAUUAUGCAUAGAAGACUAGAUAAGGGUGGCUGUCUCCUGUGAACGGUAUUCGUUUUGGCUGCAUCCUGCUAAUGGUAUUGUUUUGAUCUUUGAAGAACACCUGUAUUUGCUUUGGACCUUUGAAAAGGAGGACGUUUCAUUGCAUAGAUUUCGGUCUAAGCCUGAUUCAAGAGUGAUAAAAUUAAUCAAACGUAUGGGUGCUCGAGUGGUUCCAAAUCAAAGGCGAGUUUUGUGUAUGAACAAGAUUGAUUUAGUAGAGAAAAAGAAAGACUUGUUAAAGGUUGCUGAAGAAUUCAAAGAUCUUGCUGGAUAUGAAAGGCAUUUCAUGAUAUCAGGACUGAAGGGGGCUGGAGUGAAAGAUCUGACUCAGUACUUGAUGGAGCAGGCAGUUCAACGACCCUGGGAAGAAGAUCCAUUCACCAUGAGUGAGGAAGUUAUGAAGAUUAUAGCAUUAGAAGUUGUGUGCGAAAGGUUAUUGGACUACGUGCAUCAGGAAAUUCCAUAUGAUAUUGAACAUAGGUUGAUUGACUGGAAAGAGUUACGGGAUGGUUCUCUUAGGAUUGAGCAACACUUAGUCACUAACAAACUUAGCCAACGCAAGAUUCUUGUAGGGAAGAAUGGCUCAAAAAUUGGGAGAAUAGGAAUUGAAGCCAACGAAGAGCUAAGGUCUAUUUUCAAAAAGCAAGUGCAUCUAAUUCUCCAGGUGAGGCUUAAACAAUGAAUCAGGCAAAUAGAUUUGAUGUUGAGAGUGUACUUUCCUUGCCACGCCGCGCUAUGAAAUGCAGUACGUAAAAUGCCAAAGCAAUGGUGUAUCUUUACCCCUGACAAUUGAAGUCCAUGGAAGCUUAAAACACCAUGCCUAAUGUCACGUUGAUCACAGAAAAUCAUUGCUAUGGUGACACAGGUUGCGUUCAUUGGUGAUCAAACAAGCAAACGUCCGUGCCUUUUACCAAUUUGUUUGCCUGUGGUUAAGGAAUUUGAUUUGUCAAGUUUAUUACGUCUAUGAAUUUUUAAAGGGAAUCCAUAUUUUGGUUUUUGUAUUCUAUUAGAAUUUGGUUUAUAUAUAUAUAUAUAUAAAAUAGACAACUAGGGCAUUUGCUAGUAUGAUUCGUACAAUGGGUGCUCAUAAUAUGCCCAUGGACCCCUCAUUAUUUGGCAAGAUACGACUGAUAUU